AUGGAUCCAGAGACAUCAGAUAACGACGGUUCAUAUCGAUUCUCCCCUGUCACGUUCAACGACCACGCCGGUCAGUUGUGGAUCGUGACAAUUUUGUCGCUGAUCUACAGCACGCUUGUGGCUCUGGCACGGAUAUACAUCAACCUCGCCAAAUGCUCUGUCCUCGCCCUCAUCCGACGCAUCGUUGGCUCGAAGCCUGGGAAGAGUGAACCGGUCUGCAUCGGGCUCAUGGUAAUCACUGUAGUAUGGGGUGCCGGCUCCUGUUUGGCAUGGCUUGUGAACUGCCACGCGGAUUCUUUGUUGGCUUUGGAUAACGUCAAGCAAUGCCCGCACCAGAAUACACGUUGGGCCGUCAUAACAGCGAUGGACAUCUUGACCGAGAUCCUUACCUGGCUCCUCGUACUGCAACUAUCCUGGUCCGUCAACAUUUCAUACAUCCGCAAGUGUCAGGUUGUUAUGGCUUUCUCAUUCCGUAUACCGCUCAUCGCCCUCUCAGCCGUUCAUCUGGCGUAUUCUGCAACAAAUCCAGCCUCUACUGAGCCUCAAUUCGCCGUCACAAAGUCCCUACUCUGUCAACAGAUCAUGAUUGCUUGGUCGCUCAUUUCUGCCACUGUGCCAAACCUGAAGAACUUUUUAAAGUCAUUCUCUAUAGGGAUGGGGUUUCCAGUUUCCUUUGACCUCAGUAUGUCUGGAUCAAGCAACGUCUACGCACUUCAGUCACUUAGAAAUAAUCGCGCUGGAGUUACAUCAUCCGCGGCUGUGGCAACUGCAGUAAAUUCGACAUCUGAUAGCGCUGCCCGUAGCCAACCGCACAGUUGGAGGCCGGACCAGGUCUCAAGUCAAACAACGGCAGCACGCGACUCUGGCAGCAAUAGUCGGGAUGAUAUAUCGGAGGAAGGGCGGAACUCUAGGGCUGGCAUCAUUGUCACGGAAGAUAUAAGGAUUGUAUUGCGCGAUGCGUGUUACUCCGAACUUCCAGAGAUUGCCCACAUCAUGUCAGAGGCAUUCUGGAAGGAUAACCUAUUUGGCGAGCUCAUACACCCCCAUCGCAACGAGUAUCCCGAUGAUGUACACCUGUACUGGCUGCGACGGGCACGGGUCAACUUUUGGGACAAUCGCUCGAGAUGGCUCGUUGCUGUGGCCACAGACGAGAGUGGUCAGGAAGUUAUUGUCGGCAUUGCUCAGUGGGCAAGACUGGGGGAUGGGGGCCAAAAGCUUGAGUGCUGGUAUUUGGAUCCUCGAAACCUUCUCAAGCCUUUAUCUUCUAUUGCCAUGAACAUCCAUGCUUGGGCCUGGCCUAAUCGCGCGAGCGACCCCAAGGAGGAGGACAUCAUAGAGCGGGCAUAUCCUCAUUUCGAAGACAUAUGGAGCGGAAAGCGCGCCGAGUCCUGGUAUCUCGAAGGAUUAGCAGUGCGUCCAGAUUUUCAGAGGAGAAACGUGGGCCGGAAGCUUGUGCAAUGGGGUCUCGAGCAGGCCAAGGCUGAAGGUAUUUGCGCUUCGGUUGUUAGUGCCUUUGGCACAGAGGAGUUCUAUAAGAAAUGCGGGUUUGACGAGCAGUACGGAAGCGCCAGACAGGGUGAGGGUAACCCCUUGGCGGAUAUUGAGGGUGCUGACAUGUUUUGGAAAUGGCCUGAGGCUUAA